AUGAAAAGGCAUUUGGAAGCCACAACUGGUCUCAGAUCUGUGAGGAUCAACUUUCGCACAAAUGAACAGAUCCUUCGUUCCCAAUUGCACUCACAACUUGAUGAUUUAGAGUGGCAUCUUCUUGAAAUUCGUCACAAAAGAGAAAAUAUUACUCUAGUGAUUGAUAAAAAUUAUCAGACUAGUGCAAUAGUUCCAGAUUUCCUAGUAUUUGAACUAAACAUUGAAUAUGGUCUCUAUAUUGGUGGGAGAGGUACCCUUGAUACCCACUAUCUUAACAGUACACCAAUUAAUUUCCGAGGAUGUAUUAAUGAUGUGAUAUUUAACAACCAUGAUAUCUUAACCUCCCUGAAAUCAUCUGCAAGAAAUAAAAACAUUCACGAAGUAUCACUGAGCUGUAGCAAUGAAUUUUUUGCAGGGGAAGAAGAACCCGUAAGUUUUUUUAGUUCCAAAUCUUAUGUUUCAUUUCCUCUCUGGAAUGUCCAAGCAGGAGGCAUCUUGCAGUAUUCAGUGCAAACUACAGCUCAGAGGGGAUUGCUGAUCUACAGUUCUGGUCCCGUAGGGGACUUUAUUGCAAUGGAAAUUGAAAAUGGUCUCAUUAAAGCUCACAUUAGAAUGGGUAAAAAUAGACUUGAACUUUCUUCUCUUAGCCCUGUCAAUGAUAACCAGUGGCAUGUUAUCAGACUAAAAUUUUCCAUAAAAUAUGUUGAACUCACUCUAGAAAAGAAAAUUGUGAAAACUCCAUUGCCUUCUCAUAGUAGGCUUCCUGUUCUUAAAGGGGCCUUGCAUGUCGGUGGAAUAAAUGAUGCACUCCGUGCAGAAGUGCUAAAAUAUGGGUUAGCUUCGGUUUCUGGAAGAUAUGGAGAAGGUGGAUCUUUCAGAGGCUGCUUGAAAGAUUUGAUAAUUGGUUCUCAAAAAUAUUCCUUGAAAAAUGUUCUAGUGACUAAGGAUAUUUCAGUAGGAUGCACAACACCCAAUUUUGCACCAAAAAAGCAGGCUGUGGGAAUAGCCCCUUCCAUUUCUGUUGCUGGUACUGUCGCUCCUAAACUGCUUAGGAAAGAAAGUCAUGAGCAUUUUUUGUUUGUCGAUGACUUGAUUGUGCCAGAAGGUGGGCAAGCAUUUCUUGGAUCAAAGCACAUUAAAGUCAAUGUGGACUUCAAAACGCUGGGGAUUCGUCAGUCGCAAAUUCUUUUUAGAAUUAUACAUCCCCCUUCUUAUGGACAGUUGAGGUUGAAUGUUGUGUCAGUGCCAGAAGAUUUCACAUUUAGUAUGCUAGAUUUGUGGCAAGGAAAAGUUUUAUACAUUCACGAUGGUUCUGAAGAAAGCUAUGACUAUUUCACUUUUUCUGUUUCUACAAGCAGUAAAAGGGAGAUGCCUCUGUAUCUCCAAGGAAAUGAUGAAUAUAUGUUUACUAUUACAGUAAAACCAAUAAAUGAUGCUCCAGAACUCAUAUUUCCAAAUGGAAACUUAUUUCUUCUCUUAGAACAUUCCAAGAAAUGCCUGAGCAUAGAUUCAGUAAAUAUUGUGGACAACGACACAAGUGCUGCAGAUCUUAGUAUUACAGUCCUGGGAAAUUCAAUUGCUGAUGCAGGUUUUCUAGAAAAUUCCAAGACUCCUGGAGAAACAAUUAAUACCUUUUCCUAUGAGGAUUUACAACAUGGUAAUGUUUUUUUUGUCCAUUCUGGAGUUCAGAAUUCCAGGAUUGUUCUGCGAGCAAGUGAUGGGGAGAAAGUUAGCAACACAGCUGUGUUGCGUGUCAUGGCUGUACCCCUGGACUAUAAAUUAGUCAACAACACAGGAGUUGAUGUAGUGCAAGGCACCCCAGUGUUAAUAACACUCAGCCAUUUGGCCACAGAAAUAAAUGCUUUUCAACAAGAGCUGGACAUAAGAUAUGAAAUCACAGAAGAACCCUUUAGUGGAGAAAUUCAGAGGAGACAUACUGGUCGAGAAUGGAAAAAAACAAAUUAUUUUUCUCAACGAUCCAUUGAACGUGGUCGUGUGAGGUAUCAUUCUACUUUCAAAGCAAUUCAGCAAGAUAAUGUCUACGAACAUUUUAAGUUUAAAAUUAUCAUUGGUAGCAAUAUAAGCCAAGAGUUUUUGUUUGCUGUUAGAGUAAAAUGGCUGACUUAUAAUUUUCUGAAAUAUGCACCAUUAGUUAUUGAUAAAUUAGAUAGAGAGUGUCUUAAUUCUAAUAACCUUCUUGUGGUCAUACCACAGAUGGACCUGUCAGAAAAUGAAAUCCUUUACAAGCUGCAAUCCUUACCUGAGAAAGGAAUAAUUCUGCUUGAUAAUGUCCCACUGCAAAUAAAUUCCAGCUUCAGCCAACAGAAUAUUUCUGAUUGUAAAGUAGAGUAUCAAUUAUACAGAGAGACCCAUGAAGAAAGUCUGGACACAUUUCAAUUCUUCAUUAGUACCCAGUAUGUGGUAUCAAAUAUCUAUGAUUUCAAAAUUAAGAUCAAAACAAACCCACAAAACAUUAUUUUGAUAAACAAUGGUCUUACUGUUACUGAAGGUGAAGGAUCACUGAUAACAAAAUCAGAAUUGUUUGUGCAGACCUCCAUUAAUACGACUUUUGAGUAUAAGGUUACAAAAAGUCCUCAACAUGGGAAAUUAAUGCUUAUUAAUUUUUCUGAUUCCCCAGAAAGUAACAACAACCUUAGCAGUUUCACUAAUCAGGAUAUCUAUGGAGAACAUCUUAUGUAUAUACAUGAUGACUCAGAGACCCAAUGCGAUGAAAUUCAUAUCACUGCAACUGCCAUAAAAUUUGGAGAAGAGGAUUUAGAAACAGAGUUCCCAUUAUCAGUAGGGAUCAAAUUUAAUAUUUCUAUCCACCUGAAAAAUGAUGAAAAACCAGUACGAGUAGUGGAUAAGGUCUUCCACGUUGUUAAGAAUGGAAGGAAACUCUUGACUUUGGAUGAUCUCUGCUAUCAUGAUCCUGAUACAGAUUUUGAUGAUAACCAGUUGUUAUACACCAGGCGUGGCAUUCCUAAUGGAGACUUGGUUCUUGUCAAUGAAACAUCUUAUAGACUGUAUCAGUUCAAGCAAGAGGACCUUAUACACAAGCAAGUCCUCUUUGUUCAUCGAGGUGCAACCUACGGUCGUUUUGUGCUAUUUGUAACUGAUGGAAAACAUUAUACAUCAUCUUUGCUAGAAGUAAGUGCUUCUGAACCAUAUGUAUUUCUAGCAAACAAUACAGGAUUAUUGAUCCAAAAAGGAAAAGAAGCAGUGAUUACCACCACUAACUUGAGCGCUACCACAAAUCAAGAUAUCAGAAGUGAUCAUGAAAUUAGAUUUGAGAUAUUUUCCUCCCCAAAGUACGGACAAAUUGUGGUUAAUAAUUUAGCAGUGAGUACUUUUACUCAGCAUGAUCUCAAAAUGGGACAUUUGACUUAUAGACAUGAUGAUAGCAAUAAUUUGAUUGACACUUUGAACUUCACUGUUUAUGCUAAAAGCCUCCACUUGGAUGCUGAUAUGAAUAUUCAUAUAUAUUUGGAAAGUCAUCAGCGUCCACCAGUGGUCCUACAUAACCAUAAACUUUUGGUUGAAGAAGGAAAACGAGUUCAAAUCAAUAAUGGAAAAUUGAUGGCUGUGCAUGAAAACAGCUUGCCAUCAGAGAUAGAAUUCAAAGUAAGAUCACCUCCAGUCUAUGGCUAUCUUUGGAUGUUUAUAUCAAAAGAAAACUACCUUGGAGCAGAAGAAAAUCCAGUUUUGUCUUUUACUCAACAAGACAUCAAUGAUGGCAUUAUCCAGUACAUACAGACCAUCUCCAACCAACUCCAAGACCACUUUUCCUUGGAUGUGACUAAUGGUAUCCAGACAGUCAGUGGAAUAGAAGUGACUGUGGACAUCAUUCCAAAGCUGAUCCCACUAGAAGUACACAACUUCACAGUUGCUGAAGGGGGUUCAAAAGUCCUUGAAGAAGAUAUUCUAAAAAUUUCUAAUAGCCACUUUGCAGAAGUUAAUUGUGACUUCAGUCUAAUUGAGCCACCAAUAUAUGGACGAAUUGUAAACUCUCAUUUUUGGGGAAUGACAUUGACUAAAUUUAACAGAAAACAGGCUAGAAAUACCUCCCUCCCUCCACCAUUCAUCAUGCGUUUCAGCCUCCAAACACGCUUUCCAGGAUCUCACCAUCCUUUUUUCCUAUUGUGGCGACCAGAACUGGAAGCAAUAUUUCAAGUUUGGUCUCACCGGUGUGGUGUAAAGCAUUGCUACCACUCCUUGUUGUCUUGA